CCCCGUGCCGGGAGGGAGGGGGGAGGCGGCGGCGGCGCGAUGGCGGCGCGGAGCGGGUCCGCGUGGCUGGCGCUGCUCUGGCUGCUGGCCUCGCCGCUGCCCGACGGCGCCUGCGGCUCGGAGGCGGCGGGGACAGCGGAGUCGCCGGGCGGCGCGGGCCCUGGGGAGCGGUUUAAGAUCGAGGGCCGGGCCGUGGUGCCCGGGGUGAAGCCGCAGGACUGGAUCGCGGGGGCCCGGGUGCUGGUGGACGGGGAGGAGCACGUCGGCUUCCUGAAGACAGAUGGAAGUUUUGUGGUUCAUGAUGUACCUUCAGGAUCUUAUGUAGUGGAAAUUAUAUCCCCUGCUCAUAAAUUUGAGCCUGUGCGAGUCGACAUAACUUCAAAAGGCAAAAUGAGAGCAAGAUAUGUGAAUUACAUAAAAACCUCUGAAGUUGUCAGGCUGCCAUACCCACUCCAGAUGAAAUCUUCUGGACCUCCUUCAUACUUUAUAAAGAGGGAAUCUUGGGGAUGGACAGACUUCCUCAUGAACCCUAUGGUGAUGAUGAUGGUUCUUCCAUUACUGAUAUUUGUGCUUUUGCCUAAAGUUGUCAACACCAGUGAUCCUGAUAUGAGACGGGAAAUGGAGCAAUCAAUGAACAUGCUGAAUUCCAACCAUGAGCUGCCAGAUGUCUCUGAAUUCAUGACAAGACUUUUCUCUUCAAAAUCUUCCAGCAAGUCUGGUAGUAGCAGCAGUAAAGCAGGGAAAAGUAGUUCUGGAAAAAGGAGGUAGUUAAGUCUUCUCCUAAGCCUGAGUUUGCACAACUGUUUGUUAUGUGGUAUCAUGUUUGUUUGUCUUGAAAGAUCAAAAAGCCACUACUGUAAACUUUAAUCAGGCACAAAAUACGGUAUGCUACAACUGUGGUGUGUAGCUUUUUUUAGUCCUUAUAAGCUGUUUUGUACUUGACGGUAAGCAAAAGAGGACAUGGCUUCAAUACUGUAUCUGUAUAAAGUUAUUGAUGAUACUGAAUUAACUAUAUUGUUCUGUAGAGAAUUAUUGUAAAUUAUAUGAUGUGCUAAACUGUAAUGAAUGUCUUAAUCAUAAGACAAUGUAUAAAAAAAAUUCAAAGAUAAUAGAAGUGGAGUUCAGUCUUAAGAUGGCUUUAAUGUUUUAUACUUGCUAUUGAGUUCUGAAAUGAACAAAUUCUCCUUUCAAAAUUGAGUUGUGGGUUUACUGAGUAUGUCAUUUGCUUUAUCAGCUUGUUGUAUGUGUUACUUAUAAAAUGAUUUUAUUUUACAUUGUUUGCUGUCUGUACACUUUAGUUCACGGACUUUCCACUUUUUAUUGCCCAGUUUGAUUCUGAUCUACUUUCUGCUAAAAACUCUGGGCGGGGAAGAAAUGCAAAGCAUCCUGCAUCAGAAAGUCUUUUAAGCUCCGUUAAGUUAAUUAUGAAUCCAAGGUAUCUGUGUAACAUGAUGAACAUUUAUCUUGGAUCUUCCCUUUCUAAAUCACAUGUAUCACUUCUGGAACACUUCUGGUUCUUAGUUUUCUGUGUGCUGUGCAUUCAUCUUAUCAGUGGUAUGAUUUGAGGCCAAAUACAGAACAAAAUGUUUAAAAUUAAAGAAAAAAAUGAAAAGGAUAGUAGGAAGGUAAAUCCCACUCAUUUUUUAAAUUAUGUUCCAAAGUAUAUGGCUAUCUCUAGGUAUGCUAAGUCACUGGCAGAACUUUGAGCAUGCCUGUGUGUCUGUAGUGCAGUAUCUUUUCAAGCUACCCAGUAACUUCAAAGAAAAGUUGAAAAAAAUUGUUCUCCACUAGAUGAACAUUUGCAAAUUAAAAUGACAGCAACACCUGCCAAACCCCAUUAGCAGCUGUCCAUAAAUUUGUUUUGUUUUGUUUUAGCAUAAAUGCUGUUCCUUUCUAUUUUUACAAUUGCUAACUACUUAGGUAACAGUAUCCAUGCAGUAUGGGUAAUGUAUAUCUGAUUCCAAAAAUGGUAUUUAACAUUCACCUAAAGUAUACCUGAAGCAUUUAUUUGUUCUGCCGAACACUUAGGAGGGCUAUGAAUUGUCUUAGAUUACAUACUUAGAAAUAUGCUAUGAAACAAAAGCCGCAAAAUAAUAAGUACUCGUUCAUAGGAUUAAGUCAACUUUUAAGAUGCUGGAGAAGAAAUAAACCAAUGGUUUUUGGACAAUGAAAGAUUUCAGUCUGUGCAAAAUAAGCUGCACAUUUUUGGUCUUGUUUUUUGUUUUGCUUGAAUGGUCUUUUUGUUUUGUAUAUUAAGUGAAAUACGUACAAUAGAGACAAGAGGAUAUUUGGAUAUUCUUGCCAGAAGGAUUUACUGAAAUGAGUGUCAUGUUGCCUUUGCAAAAAACAAACAAACAAACAAAAAAUAAAAAAACUCCUAUUUCAGCAGUAUUUUACUGAAAAAUUCAUAGGGAAAAUGGGGAACAGUUCUUUGAAGAUGGAGCAAUUAGCUUUGUUGCUAUGCUGUCCUGGAAAGUACAAGCCACAAGUUACUUUUGUUUAACAGUAAUUGGAAUGACAAUUAAAUUGCAUUAACUUGUUUUAA